CUCUCACACGACUCGUUACACUAUAAGAACACAGAACAAGCUACGGCCCAUACACAGAGUCUCGUACCAAGGUUUCUUUAUUCCACUUAUACUCUCACACACACACACACACUCAUAUAUUCACAAUGGUCUUUGGAUUCGGCGGCGGAAGCUCCAGCGGAGGUUCACAGAUGUCCAUGGGCGGAGGUUCAGCCACUUCCCCUCAAAUAGAAGCCGCAACAGCAGAGCUGGACAUGAUCACCGAUGUAUUCAACCGCCUCGUCUCCUCCUGCCACGCAAAGUGCAUCAGCACAAGGUACCUAGAGCCAGACCUCAACAAGGGCGAAAGCGUUUGUGUGGACAGAUGUGUAUCUAAAUUCUUCGCCGUCAAUGCCAAAGUGGGAGAGAAGAUGCAGGCAAUUGGUCAGCAAGCCGGAGGUGCACAGGCUGGCGCUGGUGGUGGAGGGUCCUUCUUCUGAGCCGAGCAGCACGUACGAAAAUCUUGGUGAUUGAAGAUGGAAGAGUAGGGUGGUAGGAAAGACUGGACGAGUGAUG